AUGUCUUUUGAUAUCUUUCUCAGCCUGUAUCUAUCAAUCUAUUUCUUUCUUGGCCUGCAUCUAUCGAUCCAUAUUUCCUGUAUCUGUCUAUCUACAUUUGUAUAUUUAUCUCUUCCUUGUAUCUAUCUAUCUACAUUUGUAUAUUUAUCUCUUCCUUGUAUCUAUCUAUCUAUCUAUCAAUCUUUGUCUAUUUAUCUCUUUCUCAGCUUGUAUCUAUCUUUGUCUAUUUAUGUCUUUCUCAACCAGCAUCUAUCUAUCUUGCCUCUAUCUAUCUUUUUCAGCCUCUAUCUUUCUCUAUCUAUUUUUCUCACACUCUAUCUAUAUUUUUCUAUUUAUAGCUAUCUAUCUAUAUAUCUAUCUUCAUCUCCUCUAUCUAAUGCUCUCAGCCUGCACCUCUCUCUCAGCCUGCAACUAUCUAUCUUUCUCAGCAUCUAUGUAUAUUUGUCUAUUUAUAUCUUUCUCAACCUUUAUCUAUCUUUCUAUAAUUGUGUAUUUAUUUUUCUUAACUUGUACCUAUCUAUCUUUGUCUAUCUAUAUCUAUCUUUGUCUAUUUAUAUCUAUCUUUGUCUACUUAUAUCUUUCUCAGCCUGCAUCUGUCUAUCUAUAUUUAUCUGUUUGUAUUUUUCUCAACUUGCAUCUAUCAACUCUUUGAAUACAUUUCUCUCUCUUUUCCUCUCAUUCUAUUUUUUUACUUACUUAAGUUUUCAAAUAUCUCUUUCUCUUUUCCUUACCAUCUUUUUCUUUCUUAAGCUCUUCAAAUACAUUUCUCUCUUUUUACUUCCUUAA